GUCAGGACAAAGCAGGCUGUCAGAGCAAAACGUCAACGUGUUGUUACCGGAGGUGGAAUGCAAACGCUCUGAGGCAACAUUUCUUUACAGCCGAUCACCACCAAUCGUCGGACCCCGAAAGCGACCAUUUACCCUGUUCCCGAUCGUAGUAAAAUAGAGCGAUUAUCGAGUGCACCAUGGACAGGUAGCGUACUGCACCAGGUUCGGUUCGAUUGUGGAAACACCACCAGCGAUCGGUGCAGCCCAUCGGUGCAGUCCGUUCCUCCUCGUGGUGUAGAUAGCGAAGAGUGUGGCACAGUACAGAAUGGACGAUGAGGACGAUCCCGUCGUGGAGGAGAUUCCCGUGCACCUGUCCAAAGCGCUAGCGGAAAAUCUGUACGUACUGCAGUAUCCGGUGAAGUCCGCCACAGCCACGUUCGACGAUGGCCGGGUGGUGAAUUGUUGCGUCAAACCGAUAAAUCAACAGAUCAAGGUAGACUAUGCGCUCGACACAGCGUCCAGGCACUACGACGCCUUCAAGGGCGAACAGUUCGCGCUGGCGGCGGACGGGAAGCAGCGCGACAAAACGCAAAAGCUCACGUUCCGCAGCGGCACGAUGGACAAGCAGUCGUUCCUGAGCGCGAAACCGAUCGAGGACGUCGGCCGGUAUCUGGUGUGCGUGAUGCAGGACGGCGAGAUGCACGCGACCCCGCUCAAGGGCAUCGUCGCGAUGCGGCAGAUGUUUUCCUACUUCGACAAGCAGGACACGCGCACCAAGGCCGAACAGAAGGCGGAGCGGGACGCGGACGGUGCGGCGGACGACGAGGAGCUGACGCAGGUGACGGUAAAGUUUGCGGAAAACGAGCGGAUGCGCAAGGCGCGGGAAAAGUCCUUCAACUAUCUGUCCGAGAUGGAGGCGGAGGAGCCGUGGUGCGAAACGUUCUGGCACGAGAAAACCUCCUCCACGGCGGAGCUGGAAAAGCAGAAGCUGUUCAGCGGCACCGGUGCGGGCGGAAGCGGCCGGCUCGCGUCGGACAAUGCGGCACUGAACGUGCGACCGGCGGAGUACAUGGAGCUGCUGAUUAGCAAGGAGAAGACGGACCGUAACAUCGACUCGCUGCUGCCCAGCAAGGUGGUGUGCAUGCACAAACUCAGCCAUCUGCCGCUGGAGGAUCAGCUGAAGGUGCUCCUCACGGAUGGUAAGAAAUACACGUGCUCUUUUUUUGUUUCAUUCAAACCCCCAUUUCUAACAUCCCGCCAUUCUCCCACCCCCUUACCAGCGAAAGUGAUCACCUCCCAGCAAAUAUUCGACCUGCUGCCAAAUCGAACGCUGCCGCCGGAGAAGGUGCGCCGGGUGCUGAUGAAGGUCGGCUGGCUAAUCCGGGGCAACUGGGUCGCGCAGGCCGAGUACGUCUACCCGGACGGCAGCGUGUCCGGCACGAACGGCGUCACCGCGGAGCAGAUGCGCAACGCGCGGGACUACAUUCUCUACCGCUUUACGAAAUGUGAUAGGCUCGAGCGCUCCCAGCUGGUCACGAUCACGCAGCUGCCGGUCGAGGAGAUACGGGAGAUACUGUGCUCGAUCGCGAAGCUCAACCCGGCCGACCGUACCUGGAGCAUGCUGCUGCCCUCGAACGAGGCGUCGCUGUGUGUGGAAGAACAGGAAAUCUGCGAGCGGCAGGCCGCCUACUGGAAGGCGCGCACCGAGUUCUUCAACGAGAUGGAGCGCAAAAGCAACAUCGCCGGCAGCAGCAGCGGCAGCGGCGGCGGCAGCACUGGCGGUGGUCCCACAUCGAAACGGGUACGGAAGCGUUCGACCCGUGACAGUUAGCCUACCACGGCAGCAGAUAUUUUGUAUAGAACGCAUAGAAUUGCUUUAACAAUAAGUAAGAAGUGAGUGCGCGCAUAGCGGCCAAUGCGAUUUCGGUUUCUCUGCUCGUUUUCUUGCGUGUGACAUAUUGGAGUUGUGUUUUGGUUCGUUCGUUUUUUCUGUGGAAGAACGUCACAGACACACACACAGGACCGGCAGGGUUUGAUUAUGUUGCUAUACCCCCUUUCCUUUUAUUUAUACGAAAAAUUACACCACGCGCGGAAAUAGUGGACAACAAAAAUACAGAAAUCCCGAACUGAAA